AUGUCGCGCUUCACACGCACCAAGCUGUUCGCCGAGUCCCCGCUCCUUUGGUCCCCUCCCCUCAGCGGCGCCGGCCCGAGCCCGCCUGCCCCGCCGCCGCCGCCGCCGCAGGGAGCUGAGGUGACGCCCGCGAGUCCGCCCGCCCCUGCCGGGCCUAAGGGCGGGGGCGCCGGCUGCGCCAGGGCCCGGCCCCCUCGCUCGCCGCCCCAGGCCCCCUCCUGCUCCUCUCCCUCCUCCUCCGGGCCGGCCCCUCGCCCCGCCCAGUGUCUGAGGGGAAAGGAAACCGAAAGAACGCUGCGCCGGGCGGGGCCGCUGACCUGCCUGGGCCAUAGUCCGAGCACCAGGCAGCGGCGGCGGCGGCGGCGGCGGCAGAGAGAGGACGCGCCGGAGCCCGGUGAGCGACCCCCGCUCCGCGCCCCGGUCACGCAUCUGCUCCCGCCCGCCGCGACCCCCGGCGCCCGCGCCGCCCCUCCACGGCCACUUCUGCCCCGACGCCCGCCUCAGCGGCCCCGCCACCUCCUCAGCCCCCGCGCCCCCAUCACCCGCUUCAGCACCCGUCUCUGCCUCAGUACCCGUCACCUUCUCAGCGCCCCCAUCACCCACCUGAGUCCCUGGCCCCUCUCCUCAGCGCCCCUCUUAGCCCCCUCAGCGCCUCCAUCACCACCUCCGCCUCAUCACCUAGCUCUCCUCUGUCCCCCCAUCUCCGCCCUCAUUUUCUGCCACAGCUCCCCCUUCAUCUUCCAGCGUCCUCACCUCCCAUCAUCACCUCAUUCAUCCCCAUCCUCUACAACCACCCUCCGCACCUGGACCCCCCAUUUCCAGGCCCUCAUCACUUUAGCAAACAGCCUCCAGCUGAGCUCCGCCCCACCCUCUCCUUGA